UAUUUAUGUUUGUGGCAGCCCGUGACGUCAACGUUUCAUUCAAGCAACUAUUUCCUUUAAAUUCAAUAGCAUUUUGUAUAUAAUAUUAUAUACUCUCUAAAAUUUUUGAAGUUAAAUUUUCACUCGAAUUGCAACUGGAAUCAUUCUAGCAAAAGGAGUGCAGAUUUCAGAGGGACCAGAGUGUCGUCAAUAUAACUUCAUGGGCAAUUCUACCGGCGCGGCGCGGGAUGAGAAGGCUCUCGAAGUAGCAGUGGCGACGAUCGGGCCCAUAGCCGCCUCCAUAAAUGCCAGCCCGAAGAUAUUCCAGCUUUAUCACAAAGGCGUUUACGACGACCAUCAGUGCAGCUCGGACAUAGUGAAUCACGCAAUGCUCAUCGUCGGAUACACACCGACCGAGUGGAUUCUGAAGAAUUGGUGGGGCGACAAUUGGGGUGAAAAUGGCUACAUGCGACUGGCGAGAGACAAAAAUCGUUGCGGCGUAGCUAACUACGCGGCUUACGUGAGAGUUUGACAUUCGUAGAAAAAUAUUAACUUUUACAUUCGAAAGAAAUUUCGAUAAAUUUAUACGUAUUUGUGGCGAUUAGCCAUCAAAGUGGAUAAACAUUAUUUUCCUAGAUAUUUUCUACCUCCUAUCCUCUUCUUACGUGCAUGAACUCGGAAUGAAAAAAAGAAAUGCUAAAAUUGUAAAUAAGUAGCAAGUUCAAUGAUUCCCGUUGCAUUUCUACCAAUCUACCAGCGUUACAGGAUCAAAGAUUGCGUGUAUUCAAACGAUUAAACUUCGGGCAAUUACUAAGGAUCGCCGAACAUUUAUUACAUAACAGCCACUGACCGCAGGACGGACGCUCGAGAGAGAAUGCCAGAUACCAGACUUCCGUAACACACAGGGUCCCGGGGAAAUUUAAUCGAACCGUACAACCGCGGCACGAUAGGAACGUGGAGACUUUACCCGAUCGAAAAUUCUGUCCGAAGACGAAGUACACGGCUAACCGGGACAUAUCGCAUUUCCGUAAGAGACAGAGGCAGAGAGAGAGAGAGAGAGAGAGAGAGAGAGGAUAAUUCUCGAUAAUAGUGGUGUUAAGUUAUGUAUCCAAUCAGGUAAAAAUUCAUUGUAUUUUUUCGCAAAUUUAUAUUAAUAUUUUGUAAAGUUGUUUAACACUAUGUAUCAUAUCUAUUAUCCCAGCUUCACUGAGGAUGACCCAAAGACGGGUCGAAACGUUUGGAUUAUUUAUUAAAUUGUUUUUUAAAAAAAAACAUUGACAAUUUCGCACGGACACCUGCUGUGGGCACGCAUUGGCCGUUUCUCCUUACCUACCCUUUAAUAAAAUCAUAUUUUAAAGUAUUGUUUAUUGUGAAUAGAAUUUGAGUUUAAUGAAAAUGUAAAAAUUUUUUAGCCUGAAAGAUUAAGUCGGGAUGCGGCGUUGUCACGUUCCGUCGUCGAUAUCGCGUCAAUUGAUGAUCAUAUUAUAGCGCUUUCU